AUGGGACGCUUAGACGGUGCUGCAUCUGGCUUUGGCCAAGGCAUUGCAGAACAUUUUGCCGAAGAGGGGGCCAAAGUCCUGAUCUGUGACAUCAAUGAAGAAGCCGGCGAGAAGGUAGCAGCAAAGUCCGAGGCCUUUGCGUUUCAGAGUAUGAACGUUACAAAAGCAGCAGAUUGGCAGGGCGCAGUUGAAAAGGCAGUGCAGCUCUGGGGACACAUCGAUAUCUUGAGCACCAAUCUAGUCACCGAGGAAGAGUUUGAUAAGGUUAUGAGCGUCAACGUCAAGAGUGUCUUUCUCGGCAGCAACGCCUUUACUACACAAGUCAAAAAGCAAGGCACCAAGGGUUCCAUGAUCAACAUUGCCUCUGUAGGUGCGCAUCGCCCGAGACCCGGGCUAGUGUGGUACAAUGCUUCCAAAGGAGCCAUCACAAAUGCCACGAUGGGUCUCGCUGCAGAAUACGGCCCAGAUGGCAUACGUGUCAAUUCAAUUUGUCCCCUUGCCACAAUGACAGGUCUUCUUCCAAAGUUCAUUGGCAAAGAAAUCACGCCCGAGGUACAGAAGGCUCUGGGUAACGUCCCACUUGGCCGGAUGGGAGAGAUCCGAGAUGUUACCAAAGCUGCGGUAUUCCUUGCGAGCGAGGAAUCCUCAUUCAUUACUGGUGUGAAUCUGGAUGUUGAUGGAGGGCGUGCGAUUUAG